UCACUUCCUCAAAACACCGGAGCACCGUGAAAAGUUGAUGAACUUUUACUGCGCUGAGCUUUUAUUGUCCCACCUUUGAAACUUCACUGGAGAUAAUAUUUAACCGCGCAGCCGGACUGAAGUUUAGAGUUGUCCGUGCGCGCAGCGGAGCGGAGCGGAUCCACGGAGCCGCGGUGACCGGUGAACUGCAUCAGACAAACAGAGAAAGGAAAAACAAUGGUUUCCGUCGGGAAGCUGCUCCUCGGAGUUUUUGGAGUGGCGGUCGUCGUCAUUUUGAUCGCGGUGCCCACGGCCAUAUACCUGAAAGACGAGCAGGGGGGGAACAAGAACCACAGAGCUUUCACCCUGGAGGACGUCUUCAACAGUUCCCUGAAACCAAAGUCCUACAGCCUGAUGUGGAUCUCAGAUAAUGAGUAUCUCCGUAAGUCUGAAGGCUCCGUCUACCUCCACGACGUGCUCACAGGAAAGUCCGAGGAGUUCUUGAGCAAAUACAAGUUUAACGAGAAGAACGCGUACGACUACCAGCUGUCUGCAGACCACAAAUAUGUUGCGUUCAUGAGCAACCACUCCAAGCUGUGGAGACAUUCGUUUACAGCUUCAUAUUCACUGUAUGACCGGUUGUUAGAGACAUUUUUCACGCCCUCUGACAUUCCUGAUGAAGUCCAGUACUUCGCCUGGGCCCCCCAAGGACACAAACUGGCCUUUGUUUGGGGGAAUAAUGUGUACAUAAAGACGAGCCCCGGGUCUGCACGACAGCAGGUGACGUUCAACGGAGAGGACAACUGGCUUUUAAAUGGGAUCCCAGACUGGGUGUAUGAGGAGGAGAUGUUCUCAACCAAUCAGGGCCUGUGGUGGUCGCCUGGAGGGAAGCAUGUGGCUUACGCUGAGUUCAACGACACGGAGGUCCACAACAUAGAGUACACCUGGUACGGCGAGAAGCAGUACCCCAGCACUGUUUCCAUCGCAUAUCCAAAGCCAGGUACUCCCAACCCGGUUGUGAAACUGUUUGUUGUGAACACUGACAACGUGACAGAAAUCACCGAGGUCCUUGUUCCAGCCUCAUUCAGCACAAGUGAGCACUACUUGGCCACCGUCACUUGGGUGACAGACACCCGUAUUGCUGUCCAGUGGCUGAAGAGAGUUCAAAACCACCUCAUCCUUCAGAUCUACAGCUUGAGUGGAUCCAGGUGGGAUCCUGUCGAGAAUCUGGAGCUGACCAGUUCCACAGGCUGGAUUGGACGGUUCUCUCCGCCAGAACCAGUUUUCGCUGCAGACAAGAACAGUUACUACCUGUUGAUGAGUGACCCCAAAGGCUACAAGCACAUCCACCAUGUAGAAGGGGUAGGUGGCGUGGUCACUUUGGUAUUACAUCGGCUAGUUCAGCAGAACAUAUCCUACCUGCUUUACUCUAACACCUUGUGUUCUGCCUCUUUCACGCAGGGAAAAGCCACACAACUCACCACUGGAGACUGGGAAGUCAUUAACAUCGUGAAAGUCACUGCAGAUAGUGUAUACUAUUCAAGUAACGAGGACGGCAACAGGCCAGGAGGAAGGAAUGUUUACAGGUGGACCAAACAAGGAACCACUUGUCUGACUUGUUCAUUACAUGGAGAAAGAUGUCACUAUAACUCAGCUUACUUCAGCCACGACGCCUCCUUCUACCGCAUGAGCUGCAGCGGUCCGGGCAUUCCUUACCAUUCUCUCAUGGAUAACAGGAAUAAUACAGAGAAGGAAGCUUUGGAGGACAAUAAGGCUUUUAGCGACCUGAUAUCCGACAUCAAAAUGCCCACCAUGCGUCGUGGCAUCAUCAAAAUUGGUGGUUACAAUCUCUGGUACCAGAUGUUUCUGCCUCCAGGCUUUGAUGAGUCUAAGAAGUACCCUCUGCUGAUUGAUGUGUACGCGGGUCCCUGCAGCCAGAAAGCUGACUACGUCUACAGGGUGAGCUGGGCCACCUACCUGGCCAGCACUGAGAAAAUCAUCGUAGCCAGCUUUGAUGGCAGAGGAAGCGGUUUCCAGGGCGACAAGUUAAUGCAUGAGAUCUACAAACGUCUGGGAACCUUUGAGGUGGAAGAUCAGAUAACAGCAGCCAAACAAUUCAUCAAAAUGGGCUUCAUUGACAAAGACAGAGUUGCUAUUUGGGGCUGGUCUUAUGGUGGAUACGUAACAUCAAUGGUCUUGGGAUCUGGAAGUGGAGUUUUCAAAUGUGGGAUGGCGGUGGCUCCAGUUUCCAAAUGGAUAUAUUAUGACUCCAUCUACACCGAGCGUUACAUGAUGGAGCCUUCAGAGAACCCCGACUUCUACGCCAACUCAACAGUAACUGCCAGGGCCAAGAAUUUCCACUCAGUGCAGUAUCUUCUGGUCCAUGGAACAGCUGAUGACAAUGUGCAUUUCCAGCAGGCGGCUGAGAUCUCAGAAGCUCUGGUGGACGAGCAGGUGGACUUUGAGGCUAUGUGGUACACGGACAAGGAUCAUGGGCUCGGGGACUCGGCCUAUCAGCACGUCUACACCCACAUGACUCACUUCCUGCAGAGGUGCUUUGCCUGAAAUCCACCAACAUCCUAUUUAAAUGUCUCAUGUGAAUAAAAACAUUUUUGGGGGAUAAAGACUUUAAUUGUAAAUUCAGGUUUGAUCAUUAAUGUUCCAGAUGUCGAGGAAACAGUCUUAUGCAGUUUUUAAAAGUUCUUAUUUUGAGCAUAAACUAUGUACGUACAAAGCGGUCCAAGUCAUAACGUCAUUCUGUGUCUGGGACAUUUUGUUUUGCAUAUAUUCUGUCAGAAAAAAACUACAGAAGCCCUGACAGGCAAACAACACAAAACAAACUCAGAAUUUGGGGGUUGUUGUUUUCACAGAUUUAAAAAAAACAAAACGAAACUAAAAAACUGAACAAUUGCUUCUCAGGGCUUCUGUAAAAAGCUUGUCUGGAUAUUAAAACUGACCUGAAGAAUAAAAUAUUGCACAAGUUGAAAAGUGAAAUUGUGCUCCAUUAAAAAAGAGUUUUGUAUUGUAUUAAAGGGUGUAAGCACAGUUUUACUAAAAUCAUGGCACUGUUGACUCUUUGUAAUGAUUGUUUUUCUAAAGUAAUAAAGAAUUAAGUAAUAAAAACUCUUGUUUGAAAUAUCA